AUGGAAGUAAUCAACUUGGGGUCUGAAGAGGAUAGAAAAGAAGUCAAAGUUGGAGCAUUGCUCGCGCCAGAGGUCAAAGAGAGGAUGAUUGAGCUUCUCCGAGAAUAUACCGAUGUGUUUGCUUGGUCAUACCAAGACAUGCCAGGGUUGGACACCGAUAUUGUGGAGCAUCGUUUACCGUUGUGGCCAGAGUGCCCACCGAUCAAGCAAAAGUUAAGAAGAACUCGUCCAGACAUGGCGAUCAAAACCAAAGAGGAAUUGCAAAAGAAAAUUGAUGCAGGUUUCCUUGUCACAUCAGAGUAUCCGCAGUGGUUGGCCAACAUUGUGCCAGUUCCCAAGAAGGACGGGAAGCACUUGAGAAAAUACAAACUCUGCUUGAACCCAAACAAAUGCACUUUUGGGGUUCAAUCAGGAAAGCUUUUAGGCUUCAUCAUUAGUCAAAAGGGUAUUGAAGUUGAUCUCGACAAGGUUAAAGCCAUUAAGGAAAUGCCAGCACCUCAAACAGAAAAGCAGGUGAGGGGAUUCCUUGGACGUUUGAACUAUAUUUCAAGGUUCAUAUCUCAUAUGGCUGAUACUUGUGCUCCCAUUUUUAAGCUCCUCCGAAAGUAUCAGUGUUGUGUUUGGACGGAUGAUUGUCAAAAAGCCUUUGACAGUAUCAAAGAGUAUUUGCUAGAACCUCUUAUCUUGUCCCCUCCAGUUGAGGGAAGACCAUUGAUUAUGUAUCUGGUUGUACUAGAAGAAUCUAUGGGAUGUGUCUUAGGUCAACAUGAUGAAACAGGAAGAAAAGAGUAUGCCAUCUAUUAUUUGAGCAAGAAAUUCACUGACUGCGAGUCACGAUAUUCCAUGCUAGAGAAAACUUAUUGUGUUAUGGCUUGUGCUGCCAAGCGUCUCCGUCAAUAUAUGAUGAAUCACACAACUUGGUUGAUAUCCAAGAUGGAUCUGAUUGAGUAUAUCUUUGAAAAACCUGCAUUGCCCGGAAGAAUUGCUCGUUGGCAGAUGCUCUUGUCUAAAUAUGACAUUGAGUAUCACACCCUGAAAGUUAUCAAAGGAAGUGUCUUGGCCGAUCAUUUAGCUCAUCAGUCAAUCGACGAUUAUGAGUCUAUAAAUUUUGAAUUUCCAAAUGAAGAUGUGAUCUACUUAAAAGCCAAAGAUUGCAAUGAACCACUGCCAAAUGAAGGGCCAGAUCCAGGUUCUCAAUGGGGUUUAAUAUUUGAUGGAGCAAUUAAUGCUUAUGGUAAUGGUAUUGGGGCAGUAAUAAUCACUCCUCAUGGCUCACAUAUCCCUUUCACUGCAAGAUUAACAUCCAAGUGCACGAACAACAUGACGGAAUAUGAAGCCUGCAUUAUGGGUCUAGAAGAAGCCAUUGAUCUUAGAAUAAAAAAUCUCGAUGUUUAUGGAGACUCAGCUCUAGUUGUCAAUCAAAUUAAAGGAGAAUGGGAAACUCGUCAACCCGGCCUAAUCCCAUAUAAAGACUAUGCAAGGAGGUUAUCUACUUUCUUCAACAAUAUUGAAUUUCAUCACAUCCCUCAUGAGGAAAAUCAGAUGACAGAUGACUUGGCAACUUUGGCUUCCAUGGUCAUUGUGAAUUGUUGGAAUGAUGUGCCUAAGAUAGAUGUUAUGCGUCUUGAUAGACCUGCUCAUGAGAAACUUUGA